GAUCGCGCCGACUCUCGCGAGAGCUUCGCGCGCUGUGUUUAGCAGCUGAUAGCUUUUAGCGCCACAGCCGCAGAUCCGUUUCCCCGCGGAUCUUCCUCUCUUAUUCGGACCGCCAUGGCUGCUCUCGGAGCCCCGGACGAGGCGGAGAGGCCCCGACACGGCCCGUUCCUCAUCGGGGUGAGCGGAGGAACCGCCAGCGGGAAGUCAACAGUUUGCGCCAAGAUCAUGGAGCUGCUGGGUCAGAACAAGGUGGACCACCGCCAGAGGAAGGUGGCGAUCAUCAGCCAGGACAGUUUCUACAGAGUCCUGACUCCAGACCAGAAGGCCAAAGCUCUGAAGGGCCAGUACAACUUUGAUCAUCCAGAGGCGUUCGACAACGAGUUAAUGUACAAAACCUUGAAGGACAUCGUGGAGGGACGCGUGGUGGAAGUGCCGACGUACGACUUCGUCACUCAUUCCAGGUUGGACGAGAGGAUCACGGUCUACCCAGCGGACGUCGUCCUCUUCGAGGGCAUCCUGGUCUUCUACCCGCAGAAAGUUCGCGACAUGUUUCACAUGAAGCUCUUCGUGGACACGGAUUCAGACGUCAGGCUGUCUCGCAGAGUUCUGCGAGACAUGAACCGAGGGAGAGACCUGGAGCAGAUCCUCACUCAGUACACGACGUUUGUCAAGCCUGCUUUUGAAGAGUUUUGUUUGCCUACAAAGAAGUACGUAGACGUCAUCAUUCCAAGAGGAGUCGACAACAUGGUGGCCAUCAACCUCAUCGUCCAGCACAUCCAAGACAUCCUGAACGGCGACAUCUGCAAGUGGCAGCGCAGCUCCAUGAACGGUCGGACCUUAAAGCGGGCCAUUUCCGAGCAGAGCGAGCUGCAGAACGGAUCCGCCAACCCUCCGGGAAAGAGGGUCCUGCUGGAGCCGAGCUGUCGGCCUCACUGAGACUCUGUGUGUGUGUGUGUGUGUGUGCGGGAGGACAAGCACGUUCCAGACUGUACAAGCUUUUUAAUUUUUAUUUUUUUUGGGAUUGCUGCUACUGAUUUGUGCCGGACGGGUCAGCAACUGUGAUGCCGAUCUCACCCUCUCUGCAGCAUUUUAAAAAAUAAGAUAAUCAAUCACACAGUGCUGCAACCUCUCCGUCAUUUUACAGUAAUCACUGUAGUACACCAACAUACUGAUUUAUGUAACAGUCUUCCAUGAUAGGGUUUGAUUUUUUUUUCAGUGUUGACUGUGGUUAGACGGCCUGUUACCGACACGGAGGGUGUUUUUAAAUGGUCGUUUCCUUCAGGCUUUUUUGCACUUUGGUCUAUUUAUAUCCGCUUCUUUGUCGCUUAAAUUGAGAUUAUUAUAUUUAAAUUAUAUUAAUACUCAUCAGUUUUUUUUAAAUGUCUCGUUGCUUUUUAUCUCGUACUAACUUAUUUAAUUCAGCCCGAGUGGGCUGCGUGGUUUGGUAGUGUCACACCUUGAUCGAGUGCUUCCUUUUUUGAGUAUCUCCAGCUGAAUACAUGCCUUAUUAUUUUUUUUAAUUUAAGUUUAUUUUCCACUGACCAUUCUGUACAACAAUAAAUUGAAAUUCUAUUACAAGG